UGUCUAUUGUUCCAGACAUGAGCCAAGCGUCGGAAUCUCUCGUAGCUCCAGUGUACCAUUCAGAGCGAGUGAAGUGCCUAGAAAUUUUCUACGGAGAAGGAUUCUUAAGCUCUGAAGGAGAAGCUAAAUGCAAGGCGUCUGUGGAGCAUCUCAAGCUAAAGGCUGGAGACUCAAUUUUAGAUGUUGGUACAGGAUCUGGAGGAUUUGCUUUCUAUCUUGCAGAGCACGUUGGUGCUGUUGUUACAGGCGUAGACUAUUGUACAAAUCUAGUAGAUUUGUGCAAUGAACGAUGCAAGAAGAAAGUUCUCGGUGACAAGAUUUCGUUUUUAGCAAAGGACAUGAGAGACAUGCAAUUUAAGUCUAAAAGUUUUGACGCAAUUUCUUUUUUGGGCAGUCUUAUUCAUAUAAAAUGUGAAGAGCAUCUUCCAAUCUUCACAAAUGUUAGAAAUUGGUUGAAACCCGGUGGUCGAGUGAUAUUCCAAGGUCUCGUAACAUGUGACUGUCCUGCAUCCUCAACACAAGAAUUCAAAGACUAUCGAACAAGCUUGCAUUUCAAUGACGUCACGGUCGCUGACUACCACAAGCUAAUUCCAAUGGCUGGUCUUCGAUUGCUCGAAUAUCAAUCAAGAAAAGAAUUCUACAUUCAAGACACUAUUACAAGACAAGCCAAAGUGAAAGAAAACUGGAACCAAAUACUGAAGGUCGUGUCUAUAGAGACUCUGGAGCAUUGUUUCAAAUUCUUUGCGGAUAAACGUAAAUGGGCAGAGGAAGGUGCUAUGUUUACAUGCAUCUUUCUAGCUGAAAGACCUCGUGAUAUGUAGACAGGUUGGACGGGUUUCCUGUAAUGGUAUCUAGUGACUCAUGAAACACUUGCACAGAAUUGUUAUUUUGCAACAGUUUGAACUUGACAUUAAUAUUUGUGGUUUAGUCAGUAACAGUUGAUGACAAUCUAAACACAAAACAACAUAUUUUGUUCUUGUUAAAUAAGACAAUUUAUUGGUCUCUAUUGACUACUUUGACACGUCUAUUAGACGUAUGUUCAAAAUAAAGUGUUGUAUUAAUUGCUUGCA